AUGGACUCGAAAUUGUAUCUGGCUGAGAAUGUUCUCAAUGAGCGUCGCCCUGUCACCUAUCGCUCAUUGAGCCGCGCUCUUAAAGUGCACGCCAACCGGGCCAAACAUUUACUAUUUGAAUUCCACCGCAGUGAGAACGCAAAGAAGCCACAGACCGUUCACGCAACCUACGUCAUCUCCGGUUUCCAGAAAGCUCCCGAACCAGCUCCUACGAAUGGCCAUGCCGACGAUGAGGAUGAGACCAUGCAAAGCAGUCCCUACCUGCCCAGCUCAAUGCCGAAUCAAGACACAGAUUCGGCUUCAAUUCGCACUGCCUUCAUUGUGCUAGUGCGCGAGGAAGACUUGGAAGAUGCAAAGGCAACAUUUCAGUCGAUAUCCACAAUCCACGUCUACAGCUUAGAGCCUACAGCUCUCCCGGACUUGAACGCGUUGGUUGAUGCGAAUAGAGAGAUUGCAAUCACACAUGCACAGGAGGAUCCACUGGAGUGUGGGAAGCAAUGGGGUAUGAUUCAAAAUCGGAAUGUCAAGCGGAGGACUGGUGCCCGCCCGCCGCCAGCUGCGGCUCCGGCUGCUAAGGUGCCGGCUGCUAAGGCAUCGAAGCCUUCAACCGAGUCGACGGUGCCCGCUAAACGGCCAUUCCAAAAGGAAGUCUCAGCAAAGACAGAAAAUACCAAGUCCGAAGAACCGAAAUCCGAGCCAUCCUCUGCUGCCAAUUCUCAGACAUCCUCCAAGCCUUCAAGCAAAACAGCGCCGGCCAAGAAAGGCAGUCUUUUCAGCUCUUUCGCCAAGGCAAAGCCGAAAGCGAAGGCACCAACGCUCGCAGAACCGGCCACAACAAGUGCUUCAGAAGAUGUGGUGCUUGACGAUGCCUCAGAGGAAGAAGCCGAAGAGUUGUUCCCCAAUAGCACCGAUACAGCAGCAGCAGCCGCAGCCGCAGCAGCCAACCGCGAAGCGCGAAAAGAGCGCGAGGAAAGGCUCAAGAAGAUGAUGGAUGACGACGAAGACGAGGCAGACGAUGAGGAAAUGCCCGAUGUCGAUGAAGAGCCGCGGGAGCCCACCCCUGUUGAGCAGCCGCCACCAUCCAAGCCAGCUGAACUCAAAGAAGAAGUGACCGUGCAGGGCGGGCGGCGGCGAGGCAAGCGGCAGGUCAUGAAAAAGAAGACGGUCAAGGACGAGGAGGGUUACUUAGUCACUCGGGAAGAAGCGACGUGGGAAUCUUUCUCCGAGGAUGAGCCGGCACCCAAGAAGAAGCCAGUCAAUGUUCCCAAGGCCAAGGCUCCCAAAGCUGCGGGUCAGGGCAAUAUCAUGUCAUUCUUUGGGAAGAAAUGA